UCCAGGAGGUCCUACGAAAUGGAAAGGCCAAAAGUAUCGCAGCUGGAAGAUGGCCCAGCCUGCUGAGCCUAACGUGUCCACGAAGUAGUGGCAGCGGCAGCAGCAGUGAGCUGUCUCUGUCCAGUGCUGGCAGCGAAUACUCCAGCGGGUCUCAUACCUGGGCAGACGGACGGGGUUUCUCCAAACAGUGUGGCCCCAGCCGUGACAAACGGAUGAGUACAGGCUCAGUAUCCAGCAAUCAUUCAGUCUUCAUUGAGCAAACUGACCUGGGAUGGAAAGAGGGCCAUAUUCUGAGAGGCCUAAAGCAUCUUCAGAUGAACAAGUCCAAAGAGGCAACCUCAGCUGCAGCAUCACACUGCAAAGACUGUAUGACCUCAAACGAGGGUAUAUACUCUUCUGGUGUCAAGUCACGCCAACAAGGUUCUCCUUCCAAGAAACCUCCAAUAUGUAAACCUGUAAGCACUGAUACAGGGGCUUCCAUCCUGGACAUUGAAGAUCCAGAUGAGAAAUCCCAUUCAACAGAAUCAGGUGACCGAGCAACAAAAAAACAUCUUCAUUUGGACACACUGAUAGUCACCGACGCUGACGAAAAAGCUCUGCGAGAAAACUCAUCUAUUCCAGCUAAUUCUGGUCUUUUUCCUUCACCUGACUUUGACAACUUCCUAUAUUUAGAGGGACCCACAGUCAAACCUGGAGUGAGCCCAACAGAUAGCCUUACAAGGUCUGCAGGGAUGAACAAGAACUCAUUGGAUGAGCAAAUAUUUUCUGUCCAGAAGAUCAGCGAUAGGAAUAACAACCAAGAACGGUCCACUGACCGUAAAUCCAGACUUGAUUCUAAUAAAAGACAACAAGCUAGACUUCCCAUCAAACAAACAGAAGCAGAGCUAAAUGAUGUCAGUUCAUUAGUUCAGCAUUCUGCAACAAGAGCUCUAAGCUGUAUGAAUGAAGCCAGACAGCGAAGCUCCUCCAUGGAGGUGCCUCACUGCAGAGACCAGGCAAACCAAGCCGGCUGGGAAAGCAAGGCCUGGACCAGCUCAGAAUCGCCACAGAGGAGGCCAAAACUGCACUUUUGUGACUCGGCAAGGAAGGCGUUUAUCCUGCGAAGCAAGAGUGCAGAUGGAGGCCAAGAACAACUUAAACAUACCCACUCUCCUCUCCAUCAGAAGCUUAUCAAGGGUCAAAGGUCCAAAGGGCAGCAAAGCCCACGCUCGCUAGCUCCCAGUGUUCCAGCCAAAAGGGCAAACCCUCACACCUCAAGCCAAUGCACAUUAGCUCAAAUGGAGAAAGACCAAGAUGUUUUGGUGUCAGCAGGUUCCAAGUCUCUUGAGAGCGUGCCACAGCUGUCUCCACUUGCAUCUCCUGUAAAACAGUCAAAGAUUCUUAAGUCACCAGGCAUUAAAGAUAGCCCAAAGAGUCCCACUAACCAAUCAGCUAGAGUCUCUAGCAAUGAUUCUAUUGAAGAGAACAUCUAUGACAACCUGCCAUGUUCACCACAGAAACAGAGACGCCAAGAACAAGACUGUGAUCGGCUGAGAUCGGAACAAAGGUCUCCAUCUCCACCCCUACCACCGGGUCGAACUACUUCCCUUCUCCUUAGAUCCGUCUCAGAGUGCGCAACCAAAGACAAAAAUGUGACAAGUCCGAUUCAAAGUUCAACCACUGGCAAGCCAUCAUCAGCUAUGGCUAAGACAAAUCCUGAGGUCAGUUCUGCUCUAGAAACUCAACAAUCCAACAAGAAAACAGAUGAAGACCCAAAAAGGACAGAUAUUCCUAGCUCAGUCUGCCUCUCCAAUCAAUCAAACAUCCCUCAUGCCCCUGUUCAAGAAUCAGAGCCUUCAGAUUCGUUUCAGCUCGAUAGAAUCAUCUCAUGUCCCAAUGGGAACGGAGCUCCCAGUAUGUCAACAAAUCAGAAUAUUCUGCAAAGAUCCCAACAGAGCAUCAGUGAGCCAAAACUUUCGGAAGUCUUGCCCACUACUUUCUCUCAUGUUUUCCACCAUGCGAUGCCGGGUAAUCCCCACACCUCCACUUCCAAUGCUGUAAAGAGGUCUCUUCCUGUGAAUGCCAAAUCUCAUGAAGCAAUCUCUGGACAUAACGGGACUACCUUUCUGGUUUUUGGAGGACAGAGUAAAGACGAAGCACACAGUCUUCAGACACUCCAGACGUUUAGAUGUGAUCCCCAUGUGAUGCAUAACUAUGGUGAACGGGAGACAUCUUGUAGGAAGAUUGAGACCCGCUGUAACUCCCUGGAUUCUGAGCCACUUCAGCCUGUUGGAUCUGACACUAGUGGGAUGUUAGACUGGGGAUUCGAUGAGCAGGGCUGGCUCUUUAAACGGUCCGUAUCCGUUUCUACCAGACCUCUUCUAAAGCCAGUUCUGGGCAUGAAUGGAGCUAAGGCUCGUAGUCAGAGCUUCGGCGCGCGCUACAUUGACAGGCAGAGUUUCAACAGAUCUGGAAAGGUACGUACCCAGAUCAAAACCCAUUCAGGGAGCUCCCUCAAUUCUCUUGGAGACGUCCUUCCAGGUAGUAUGAGCUGCUCCAGCAGCUACCACUGUCCGAUGAAUAGAUCACUUCUCAACAACUUUUUGAUUGAAGAAGGGUUAAGGGUUCCCUCUCACUUGGGGUCCUCCAGUGAAAAACUUCAAAGUCUUAAACUCCAGCGAGAGCAGGCCAGGCGGCUUCAGAUCGAGCAACAGUUUUCAAGCGCCUUUGGAGAGCCGGUCUCUGAGGAACCGGAGAGACAAAGCACUAUAACCACCAUUGAAGAGAAAGUGAUGCUUGGGAUUGAGGAGAACUUGCACAAGUCCCAGGAAAAUGAGAAAACUAGUGAAGUGAAGCCCAAGUCAGGCUCUAGCAUUGCUAGUUGGUUUGGAUUCCGUAAGAGUAAGCUUCCUGCUCCAAGCAACAAAAAGACGGAUCCGCCAGAAGCCAAAAAAGAAAAGCGGGAACAAAAGAUUACAUCUCUGCUGGGAGGAAAAAGUGCAAAGUCUGACAAGAAGAAAGACAGACGGAAAAGUGAUGGAAAUGAUUGCUCUGUGGGAAUAAGAGAGUCACAUGAUGCAGUCCGGGCAUGCAUCUCCAUGCCCUGCCCAGGAAUGUCCCUCAGUGAGGUCCAAGGACACGCCCACCUCAUGGGGGAUCCUCAGGGUUAA